AUGGGAACCUUCGACCUAUGGACAGAUUAUCUGGGUUUGGCACGCCUGGUGGGGGCUCUGCGCGGGGAAGAGGAGCCCGAAACCAGGCUGGACCCCCAGCCACAGCCAGCUCCAGGACCAGGGGCUCAGAGGCCCAGCCCGGAAUCACCAGCUCCUGAACGCCUGUGCUCUUUCUGCAAACACAACGGCGAGUCCCGGGCCAUCUACCAGUCCCACGUGCUCAAGGAUGAGGCGGGCCGAGUGCUGUGUCCCAUCCUGCGUGACUACGUGUGCCCCCAGUGCGGUGCCACGCGCGACCGUGCCCACACACGCCGUUUCUGCCCGCUCACGGGCCAGGGCUACACCUCUGUCUACAGCUACACCACCCGCAACUCAGCUGGCAAGAAGGUGUCCCGGCCUGACAAGGCAAGGACGCAGGACUCAGGGCAUCGCCGAGCAGGAGCAGCCUGUGCAGGUUCCAAAGGUGCUGGGAAGUCUUCUGGACCUUCACCCUCUUCCUGCUGCCCCUCCACUUCUGCCUAGGAGACUGGUGCAGGGAGGAUGGAGAUGCUGCCUUCCCCUGGGUGUGGGGACCCAGGCUCGAUGGAGGAUGUAUUUUCUGAGAAGAUCCACCUUGCAGGGACCUGUCCCUCGGCCCUUGCCCCAGCCUGGAGGCCUGGUAAGAGAGCAGGGCCUGAGAGCACAGCUGAAAGAGCCCCCAUGAGGAAGGAGGUGGCCCUCAGGCACCCUGGCCCUCCUUCCCCAGCACUGGGCACCCAGUCAGCACUCAAUAAAUGCUUACGAAUGGAUCAGCGUAAUAGCCCAGGUCUUGGGAUGAGGUAGCGUGAACAGCUCCAGAGGGGCUGGGGCACCUCUUUUCUAUCCUGACUGCAUCCAUGAGCCCCCACAUGUCCCCACCUGUUACUUGGAUUCUGGUUGAUCCUGGAGCAUUGGGUGAGCUGCUUUAUGCUGAGAAAUGGAAGUGGGCACCACAGGGUGACUGUGGGGUUUUGAGGGGUCACCCCAGCACUUCUGAGCAUGGCACUCGCUGCUAGGUUAGCGCCAUGAAGCCAUUUCUAUGAUGUUUGGAAUUUUCAAACUCCCUUCCAGCCAUCCCUCACACAAUGACAUGCCAAAUGGGUAGAAUUCUACACAUUGGAGGCGGGGGCCUGAUCUGAGAGGUGAACUGAAAGACAAUUAGACCAAGCCCUCCCUCCUCCUUCAAAUCAUCCUGACCAAGGAGGCCCUCAGUGAAUGUUAAGGUCCUCACAGAUGCCUCAGCAACGGGGCCAUGGAGUCACACGCCAGACUCCUCAGAAGGGAAGGACUUGGGGGCGCAGGUGCAGGGCUAGGCAAAGAAUGGGAAUAUGUCUUGGGGGGGUGGGCCAGCCAAGACCUUGGUCAGGAGGCACCACGGAGGUGAUUUGGCUCUGCCUGGGGAGAAAUGGGAGAGGGAUGGAGACCCAUCACCACCCAGGUAGUGUGACCCAGUUCUCCUGUGCCAGGGCGGUGUUUGUGGGAAUCUCUACUCCCAGUCUGCUCCUCUGGCCUCCAGAGGGCAGCAGGUGGCAAGUGUCCGUUCAAAUUCUUCCCCCAAGCCAAGGGCUGGCCUGGGAACCUGGGCUCCAUCCCUAAUAGCCCACACUGUCUCCCAGAGUUGGGUGGGAGCAGGAUUUGGACUUUGCAGGUCCCCUCUGCCCUUGGCUUUGGACUUGAACUCCAAAGGACGUGAGGCCACCGAAGGAGGAGGGCUGGGGUGAGCUGGGGUGAGCUGGGGAUGGGAGACAACCCUUGAAGACAGCCUGCUGCCCAGGCUUGGAGCGGGGAGGGGAGGAGGAGAAAGAAGACACAGAGGAGGGCUCCUUAGCAGCCCUAAGAGUUUCAAAUUGAGUUAGGGGACACCACAUCCCAGUUACCCCCAGCUGUUUGCAAGUGCUGAUUGUAUAGACCAGAGCUGCUGGGGCUUGAGACCCACGGAACCAGGAGAAUGGACAUGUCCUGGCAGGUUCAAGGGAGGAGCUGCACAUCCAGCCAGAAGUGGUGGGGGACCUUGACCCUCCCCACUUCCCUCCAGCAUGGGGCUUCCCAGGGUCUAAGAAGGCAGGGGGAGGGGAGACCUGCCUUGACUGUAGGAAUCAGGGUGUGGGAGUCACUGGCCAAAGGACUGAUAAAGUCUCGGGUCUGGUCAACCUUUUGGUCACCAAUUUAGAAGCACGGUGUUCUAUAAAAUGGGUUUGGCGGCAGCACCUGCUUAGGACAACAUCAUCAGGGUGUGUAAGGCUUGGCACUAGCUGUGUCUGUAUCAGUAACAAUCCGCCAGGACUGCCUCCUUCCAGUCUGGGGCCUAGAAGCAGGUUGUGCCUCGGAGGAUGGGUAAGGCCAUCUGAGCACUGAAAGCAAACCUGCUGACUCUCCAGUUGGGUGAUCAGCUACGAUGUCUCAGUGGGCUUGCUGCUCCACGAUGUGGGGGUGUCUGUGCUUGAAUGUGUACACACACGUGCACACACACAGCCACCCAUUCCUGGAGACUCUGACAC